AAUGGAGAAUUUUUUUUUUUGUUCAAUUUCUAAUAAUGAAAAUGGUUACUGUACACAGAUGGUCGGUUCAAAGAGAUCAAGGCCAUUCUCCAUGGAGAUGAUUCCUCCAGUUCCUCCUUUCCGGUUCCAAGCUCCAACAAUUUCAGCCCAGAUGAGCAGACUAGACUCUUCACUUUCAUGUGGUAGUCACAGCAUGAUCAAUCUGGAACCAUGUGACACAAUCUCAAGAGAAAUAAAGCCAGGAAAUUACUUGGAGCCCAGCAUAAAAAAAUGCACUAGUACAGAAACUGGAACAACAGAUGGAAAUUUCCUUUUAUUAGGCUCAUCAACAACUCCAUCAGUUCAGAAUCAACGAGAAGGACCCAAAUUUAGUUUCUUCCCAUUUCAGGAAAGCAAUGGGGAAUCGCAGUGUAGAGGUGGAUCAGUUCAGAAGAAAAUUUUCUCUAGCUUCUUAGUUCCAAGGAAGCAAAUGGGUAUGUUGCAAACAAACUUAAACUUUGGCUUAAACAAUGAGAGGGCUGAAACAAGAGGAGAUGGCAUUGAUCUCAAUCUCAAACUCUAACUGCAGUUGAGAAGCUGAU